AUGUCAGACUCACAAUAUCACCCUCCCUAUGCAUUGCCGCCCUUUGAUCAUGAGAAGGCAGACGUGAUCAUACGAUCAUCCAACAAUAUAGAUUUCCGCGUCUUCAAGUUGUUCCUGUCCCUUGCAUCGCCAUUCUUUGAAACCCUCUUUAAUCUCCCCCAACCGUCAGAAGGGAUGAGUACGGAUGUGGAGAUCAAGGACGGACUACCUGUCAUUCCUGUCUCAGAGGACAGCAAGACGCUGGAUUCACUCCUUCGUUUCUGCUAUCCCUGUACCCUGGCAGAGGAUCCUGCCUUCGAGGACUUUGGAGAUGCCAUUAACCUACUCGGGGUUGCCAAGUACUCCCUUGGUGCAGUCGAGAGAACAAUUUGCAAAUCCCUUUUCAGCCCAAAGAUAUUGGAGGGGAACUCAUUGCGCUGCUUUGCUAUCGCGUGCCACGCUCGUAUGCAGGAUGAGUGCGCUCCUGCUGCCAAAUACACCCUCCGAGAGCCUCUAGUUCCGACGUGGUUCGAGGAGAUCGAGUUGAUUACCUCGAGCGAGCUCCUCUCAUUAUUGGCACAUCACAAAAAGUGCGGCAAUGCCGUUCAGGUGUUGAAGGAUGAUAUCUCUUGGAUUACAAGCACAUAUCCUGCCGUCCCAUGGAUGGUCGAUCUGUGCGACAUGCCCUGCGCAGAGACUAUCCGGAAAAAUGCUGAGAAGGCUAUACAGACAGCUUGCCAACGUCAUUGCCAUUACUGUACCCAUGUGGUACCGGGUGGCAUGCGAGAUUUCGCAGUUUGCUUUGCCAACAACGUUGAAAAAUUGAUCGCCAAGGUCGAACUAGACAUGAAGUUUUGA